AUUUGGAAAAAAAGUCAUCCACUCGUUGUGAAAGGAAAGCUUCUUACUGGCAGCGGAAAUAAUCUCUUCUAACAUCACUGGAGGAAAAGGAGGGACAUAUGUAGCCUUCUCAUCUUCAGGCCUUUGGAGAGCAAACAUCAUCCCUAGAUACCCUGAUGCAAAUAAACUGGACUGGUGCUGAGAUCCAGAAGAAGAAAAGAAAAAGAAUGAAGCAACAGAGCAGUGGGAGAGCUGCAAAGAUGGAGUAGUACUGCUGAUGGUUCCAGCAAAGGUUAGUAAUGUUUUCAGAGCCAAUGAGAGACGACAUCAUUCUGCUUAGUAAAGUGAAAUGAUCAAGGACCCUUUGCAGUCAGUUUGGUUCAAAAAGGCUUUCUUUUUCUCUGUGAAACUGUGAAUAAAAAAAAUAGUUCAAGACGGACCGAACAGUGGAACAUAGAGGUAAAAACAAGGCCAUCAUGAAGGACAGAGACUUCAUGUCAAAUGCAGACCGCGGCAAGCCUGCUACUUACACAGGAGAUAAGAAAGCAAAAAUGGCUGCCAAAACAAACAAGAAAUGGGUAAGACUUGCUACAGUCUUUGCAUAUGUUCUGUCUGUGUCUCUUGCAGCUAUUAUUCUAGCUAUCUACUACAGUUUAAUAUGGAAGCCUAUUAAAAAUACUGGCAGUGAGAUUAGUACCACAAAACCCAGCCAAGCGACUGAUAUUCCUCUAAAUACAUCAGAUGCUAGCAUGGCAGAUAACCUAACACUAGCAGAAAACUCCAGUAUUUCAAUAGCCACAACUCAACCUGUUCUUAAAAGACGGGCUGCAGUUCUGAAUCCACAAAGAUUAGCUGAUACAGAAGAUUUAAACAGUGUUAAUGCUAAAGAUCCUGAAUUUACCACUGUUACUCAAGAACUGGUGUUAGAGAGUGGCAAGUAUGUUCAGCUUCAAAACCCUAAUACAAACACGGUCACAAUAACACCUGAAGAGAAACUAAGCAACACUGACACCAUCACAAAGAACCAAGAGUCCCGCAAAAUAGUGACAGAUAUGAACAAUGGUUGGAUACAGACUUUGCCAUCUACUACUGUUUCUGAUUCAUCCAUAUCUCAACAGGGCAGCAACCAGGCCAAAGGACAGAUCACCUUCACUCAGAAUCCAAAUAAUUCCUCAGAAUUAGGUGGAUAAAUGGCGAAAAAGGUUAAAGGAGGUUCUCUGGAAUGAAAUGAGCCCUCCCAAUUCUAAAACUACUUUCAAUAUUUCUGAUACAUUAGUACUGGAGGGAAUGACCGUCAAGAGACCAUAGCCUUGGCAAUGCACAUUUUCUGGAGAGUAGCCCAACAGUUCCUGCACAUCUAUAGAAGCAUAAGUGACCUGGAGAUAUACAAGAAACAAUCAUCUGUAUUUAAUUAGCAUAUUAUCAACUGUUAUUUCCUACAAAACUAUGCUUUCUUCAGGUUCUGUUUUUGUGUCUUAUUUUAGCUUUCUAUCAGUACUGUGUCAGCAGAGUUUAUACAUCUCUUAUUGUCAUCACUAAAUGCAUAUGGGGUCACAAACUGUGAUACUUGAAAAGUUGGUGACUUGUAUUGGAAAAUAUUUUUCUACAAAACGUCUCUGUAGACGGUGCACAUUGCUUUAAUUCAGGACUGGACACUUAUUUUUUUAUUAUUUUAUCACUGCUGACAAAAAGGACUAAUGUUGUCUAUGUGGAAAUGAAUCCGAGAAUGAUAUGAGCUCAGGUAUGUCUAUAACAGAAUGUAAACUAUUACAUAAAUAUAAAUAUAUAUAUAUAAUUUACAUAUAUUAUAUUCUAUAUGCAUCAUAUAAUGAUAUGAAUAAAAGGCACCAAGAGCAUAUUUUGAUGCUUUAGUAAAACAGUUUUGUUGAUAUAUAGCACAUACAAUUAUAAAACAAAAUAAAUGUUACAUUUGAAACAAAAAUACUUACUUUUAUUAUAGUAAUGAGACAGCAUUGUUCAAGUAUUACAUAUAGCAAAGCAAAGUCUGAGCAAAGCAUUUAAAUCAGAAGCUAUGUUUUGAAAAGUCAUACAGCAAAUAGUUAUUUUGUAGAAAUGUUUAGGAGUGCUUUUUCUACUCUGUUCCAGUUUAAAAAAACAACAUAUCCCAGUCCUGAAUUUGUUAUAGUAAUACCGACUUUAUGGCCCUUUUUCAUUUGCCUUCUUCAGCCUCAUGACGUGCUGUGUAGUGAACCACGUUCUAAUACAGGAGAAGCUGUUUCUAUAGCUGAAAUCAAUUUUUUUCUUGGCUGAAUGUCAAAAGGCUCCAGAGUGCAAAGAACCCUGCAUCAUACCUUCCUAGGAGAAAAGAACAUUUCACUUGACAUGUUCCAACCCCAGUUAAUCCCUCUCGGAUUUCAGAAUGUAACUGAUUGUUUUGAACUCCCAAAUGGUUGUACAUUAUAUACUGAGAAUAAUUCAAAUAUAUAUAUAUAUAUAUAUAUAUAUAUAUAUAUAUAUAUAUAUAUAAAAAAAAUUUAGAGCCAAACAGAUUUUGCAUUAAACGUUGACGUACCAGGCUAAAUGAUGCUACGUGAGGUCUUUUAUAACCAUAGAUAUAUAAUUAUUCCACAUUUUACUGUUUGUUCUUGUGCAUGUUAAAUGAAUCCUGUUCUCAGAUCUGCAGCAUGAAGUAAUAUGUUUUCAAGUAGCUGCCUUAUUGUUGCCUGGUGCAGCAGGGAGAUGGAAAACAGCUGCUGUCAUUGACUGAAACAGAUGCUUUAUGUACAACAGCCCUUGGGAUUCAGGCAUCUAACAUUUUGCAGAGAAGAUGGUAAGUCUGUUGUUGCCCUUCAAAAACAGUUGCUCUAAAUCAGUAGCUUAAUUUAUACUCUGAUUUGCCACUAAAAUAUUGCUCAUUGCUAAGUCAAGGAAUCUAAUAAAUGUGAUUUAAAAAAAAUAUUUUAUAUAAUGUAAUAUCA